AUGCAAGUUUCCAGUGUCCAGCCAGUAUUUAAAUUAGAAUUAAACCACAAAGUAACACCUGGUAUAGUAACUAUCGCUAAAUAUGAUGGUACACAUUAUUGUCUUACUGCGUCUGCUGGAUAUGAUAAAAUAAUUAUUCAUCACCCCCACGGUGGUAUGAGUGCUGGACGUGCUCAACGUUCUCAGGCACACGGAGAAGUGUCUGAACUCAAUCUUAGCCAAGCUGUAAUAGCUUUAGAAGCUGGGCCGAUAAAGCCAGACUGUGCUCGAGAUAUGCUUUUAAUUGGCUCCCCCACACAAAUUUUAGCCUACGAUGUCCAUAAUAAUUCAGACAUAUUUUACAAAGAAGCCCCAGAUGGCGUAAAUGUAAUAAUUGCAGGGCAUUUUAGUAAAUACACUGAUAUGUUGGUUAUGGUCGGCGGAAAUAGUUCCGUUUCUGGUAUAAAUUGUGAAGGCGAAGAGGUGUUCUGGAAUGUAGUUAGUGGAAAAGUUAUUUCCAUGAUAACAUUUGAUUUUGAUAAAGAUGGCAAAAAUGAGCUGCUUAUAGGUUGUGAAGAUUCGUAUAUAAAAGUGCUAAAGGAUGAUCAUUUUAUCAUGGAGAUUGCUGAAACGGGGCCUGUUUCUUGUUUAUCCAAUAUAAAUGAAGUUAGAUUCGCUUACGGACUAGCGAAUGGAACUAUUGGUAUUUAUGAGGAAGGCAUCCGUCUUUGGAGAGUAAAGUCGAAACAAAACGCAAGAAAUCUCCAAUGGUCAGGAGAGAACUUGGUUUGUUGUUGGGCGAAUGGACGAAUAGAUUGGAGAGAUUGUACAGGGAGAGUACUGAGAAGAGUACAGUUGCGAUCUGAUGCAGCGGCCAUGAUUUUAGCGGAUUAUCGCACAGUUGGUAUCCCUGACAUUGUUUGUGUAUCAACUAAAGGCGAAGUGCUUGGAUUCCCGCCGAUCCUGGAUAAUGUUGGAUCAAACACAGCAAAAAUUGCUCCAUCGGAAGAGGAUAGGCUCGCAGUAACUGAAUUGUUGAAUAAGAAACAGGCCUUAAUGAUAGAACUGCAACACUAUGAAAGCAACGCUGCUAACACGUCCCUAGAUAUAGACCGACCUGACAGCGCUAUGCCCACUAAUACAAGACUUCAAGUCGCAGUUGCGGCUGACACAGAUGAAGGAUGCCUACAGUUGGCUGUAUCGACAAACAAUGACACAAUUGUGCGUAUGGCACUUGUGUUAGCGGAAGGUAUUUUUGAUUCUGGAGAAACUCUCGCGCGUCAUCCUCAUUCAGCUCAACUGAGAUCCGUUCUGUACAUACCAUUAAAGCCACCAAGAGAUGUUCCCGUUGAUGUGCAUAUUAAGGCACUAGUUGGUUAUCCAGAAAGUGAACAGUUUCACAUAUUUGAACUUACGAAGCAGUUGCCACGUUUUUCGAUGUAUACUGUAGUUUCUUCCUCAAUAGUAAAAUCAAAGGUUGUAAACUACGUGAGUUUCCGUAUCACUGAGAGAGUUCAGAGAAUAUGCAUUUGGAUAAAUCAAAACUUUUUGUUAGACGAAGAAAUUGAAAUUAACAACGAGGAGACAAAAGAGCUGCAUAUUAGUUUCAUGUGUCUCAGAGAUAUGUCUCGUUUAGAUUUGGAUUUUUGCCCUGAUGGUCAAGUGAAAAUUACAACUCACGAUAUUAGACUUGCUGGAGAUUUGAUUCAGAGUUUGGCAGUAUUUUUGAAUUUGUCUGAUUUACAGGUAUUGCAAAUACAUAUUUAUUAUUUUUAG